AUGGGUGCCCUCUGCGGCAAGGAGUCGAGGGACGACAACUUCACCGGGCCAGGCCGCCGGCUGGACUCCCCGCCGGCAGAGAGGGCCACCGCGCCGCUACCCAGCAACAAGCGAGUCGUCGGCGGGCCCCCGCGGACGCUGGGAGGCCCGCCAACCGCGAGCGGUGAUGGUGGUGGGGCUUCUGCCGCAGAUGCCACCGAGGCAAGGCGCAGGGCUGCCGACGCCGCCCAGGCAAGAGCGAAAGCUGCAGAAGACAAGGCCACGGGCAAGUUGAGCAGCCAGCUGCAGCAGCAGAAGAAGCAGACCAUGAAUGAGACCAUGAAGCAGGCCGCCGAGGAGGAGACGCGGCGGAGGGAGAUCGAGACGGCAAAUGAGCAGCGUAACUACAACUGA